UGAAUUUUGGUCUGAUUGCCCUAAAUUGCUUUCUUUGCUAAAUAUGAAUUAAAAACAUUAUUUUAUAAACUUAUCAUGUCAGCGUAAUUUAUUAAAAUUGCUUGCGGGUGCAGUUGUAUGUGGCAGCAGUAAUUGAUAUAAACUAUCAUGGAGGAACAGGCUUUUAUAUGGACGACCGAACGUACCAAGAAAAUGCUUGAACUUCGGUUUCAGAAUGACUGGUUAUUUAAAAAGAAGAAACAGCCGUGGGCGGAGUUUCGCACAAUCUUAUUAGAAAAUGGAUACCCAGAAACUAUGACAAUAAAUCAUGUACGGAAGAAGUGGUCUUACACUUAUGAUUGCUACAAAAUUGCUAAAAAAACAAAAAAUAAAAGUUGGAAGUACUAUAAGAUGUUUGAAAAACAUUAUGGUAAAACUACUAUUUUGGAUAAAUAUGAAUCAUGGGAUGAUGAGUGGCGAUUAAAGCUAGUAAUAUGCGUAUCAGAGGCAAAGGAGAUGAAAGUGGAUUACCAGCACUUUUGGAGGACUGUGGAGAAGGCAAUGAGAAGCCAGGAUCUACCUGAUGACUGCUGCGUCCAAGACAUUAAGGGACUUUGGCAGUACAUCAUCACCACAUUCAAUAGAAAAUACCGCCAAAAACUGAAAAAAGACGUAGACCACGACUGGCCGCUAUACGGCGCCAUGCUGAGCUACUACCAGCGCUUCGACCCCGACCACCUGGUCCGUUUGGAGACCGAAACGCCCUUGGAGUUCUUCAGUCGGUGUCGCAAGUCCAGCAACAAACAUGUCAAGAAUAAGAGCGCUCAGGAGAAUGAGACUGAUGAGUUUCAGUGGUCGAAAGACAUUACUGAGACUUUCAUUCAAAUACGAUUACAAAACGACUGGCUGUUCAGAGAAAGGAAAUGGGCUUGGAAUGACCUUCUGAACAUAAUGAAGCAAGAAUAUGGCUUUCCUGACACUCUGAACGGUAGAGAGAUAUGUCGGAAAUGGGCGGCGACAUUCGGGGAAUACCAGAAGGCAAAGGCUACUAAUAACAAAAGUUGGAUCUACUACACAUUAUUCGAGUUGUAUUUGGGUGAGAAGCGGCUGAGCCUUAACCCUCUGCUGGGAUGGCAAGAAAAAUGGGUCUUGAACCUUAUAAGCGCGAGAACAGAACUGGAUUAUUUAUUUAGGUUUGCCAAAUACCGGGACCAAAGUUCUGCAUGGAGGGUAGUGGAGAAAAGACUUCGUAGUAUGGGUCUCCCUAUAGACCACAGUUUAUUGGACUUGGAAGAGAUGUGGACGCAUCUUUUGAAAACAUUUAAGUGGAAACGCAAGUUCGCCAACAAGGGUAUCCUCAACGAGCGAUGGGCCUACUUCGACGCAAUGUCUCAGUACGAACCGCUGAAGACCAAGCCCAAGAUCAAACAACAGACAGAUGACGACAAUUAUGACAACUUAGCUGUCAUGUCUGAUCAUGUAGAUCAUGUGGAUCAUGUGGAGCAUGAUGAUGAUUUCGAAGACGAUAUCAAGCUGUUGGAUUUGAAACAAAGGUUGAAUCCAAAGAUAGAAGUGACGGACAAGCAAUGCCGCUCUUGCUUCGGAUCGGGCGCGUGUGUAGACCUUCACAGGACGGACGAGGAGGGCGUAGACCUGGCCUCCAAGCUGCGGCUCAUCGGAGGCAUCGAGAUGGACAAAUCCGAUAAACUACCAUGGCAAAUAUGUCUCCACUGUCUCAACGACCUAGAGCACGCAUACAAAUUCCGACGGAAAUGCCAGGACGUCGACAAACACUUCCGCGCCACCAAAUCUAUAAAAAUCGAAGUAGCCAUAGAUGACCAUGAUAACAAUGACAUAGACAAACAUGACCAGGACGCAGGAGACGUAGAUACGCAUUUUGAUGAUUUCCAAAGCGACGCGGAUAUGAAACAGGAAAAGAAACUGGCUAAAGCGGAGUCGAAGAAGAUUAUGGUUAGGAAGAAAAAGAAGAUGCGUAAAAUGAGGUACGACUAUUGGAAGGUCUGUGAAAUCUGCGGGAAACACACAAGGAAUCUCCGCAGCCAUCUAGACAUGCACUCCACCGGAAAAUUCUACUCGUGCGACGUCUGCGACAAGAAGUUCAAGUUCAAAAGCGGACUCGUCAUACACAAGGCCGUCCACAAUCCCACACCGAAGAAAACUUGCGAGGUCUGCGGGAAAACGUUUCAUAUCCUCGCCCAGUAUAGAAGACAUUUCGUACAUCACGCGAACCAAAGGAACCACGAAUGUGACACUUGUGGCAAAAGAUUCAAUACUUCAGAGAUUUUGACAGUCCAUAAAAGAACCCAUACUGAUGAAAGACCUUUCACUUGUAACGAAUGUUGGAAGACGUUCAGGACGGCCGGGUGCGUGAGUCGACAUAAGCGUAUUGUACAUAGAAAAGCAGUAAAGAACCAAUACAAUAGAGGCUACAUCUACACACAGCCGCCGCCGCCGCCAGGUAGAAGCCGCGCCUCUAGGCUGUUGUGGGUGGCGGCCGCGCUCCUGCUGUGGAGUCCGCACGCGCAAGCCAAGAAUGUCACACACGAAGACAUCCGCGACGCCAUGCUAUCACUAGUCCACAUGUUCCGCAAGUCAGAAGACAAGCUCGAGAGACACGAGUACCGCGAGAAGGCGCUGGGAGAACAGCUCAAGAAGAUGCUGGGGGUGCUGGACAAGAAGCACCGCGCCUUGGAGCCGCUUAAAGGAAUGAUAUCGCGGUUGGAUGAGAGGCUUUCCAAUGUGGAGACGAUACUGUUGCAGAAAGAGCAACGUGAAAAGACGACACAGAAGGCGACUGAGGAAGCGCUGGACGGCAUCCAGAAGAGCCUGCAGUCCCUAACGGCCAGCGUGGGCAAGAAACCCGCAGACUUGGACAACAAUCUGACCACUGAUGAGGACCCGGUCGGACGCCGACUUGACGCCACCGACCUGAAGAUCGAUGCGGUUAAGAAGGAGAUUGAGAAUUUAAAAAAUGCUCUUAGCAAGGACAACCUCCGCUCCAUGUGCCUCGAGGCCGCCCUCGACGACGGCCACCCCUUCAACAAGCACAUGUCGGACGCCGAGAAACUCCUCAACAAGUACGAGUUGAAGCUGAGCGAGUACAAUGGGACUCGCGUGCAGACCGACUUCGUGCCCCUCAGCGAGGUCUCGCUGGCUGACGAGGCUUGGCACAGCAAGAUGACCGAAGUAAUGGAACGCCAAGAGAAGGAAGUGAAGAAGAUCCAGCAACUGCUCGGCGACGCUGAGAGCAUGUGGAAGGAUUUACCCCGGCUAGCCGACCUGCGGUGGUCGACCAACCUGACGCUCGACGCCGUCGCUGCUGCCGGCGCUAGUCUCACGGAGAACAACGACCAGGGCGUAUCUAAAGUGGUAACCAAGCUCCGGGAGUUGAGCGACCGCCUGACGAGGACCAAUGAGGACAUCCAGCAGAGCUUGACGCAAGGGAACACGCUGAGCGAGCGAGCGCUUACCGACAUUUCUAGGAACUACAUCGCUCUCCAUGCAGAGGUCCAAGCGUUGGCCAAAGACGAGCACGUGAUGCAGUCGACGGCAGACAACGUGCUGGCGACGAAGAAACGCAUCGAGUACGGCGUCCACCAGAUCCUGGUUGAAGUAGGGGAGCUGGUGCGCGCGCAGGGCUCGCGUCUCAACAAAUCUGUUAGCGACAGAUUUGACAGCAUCGAGCUGAAGAUGAUCGAGAACCAUGCAGCAGCCCUGAGCAACACCAGCGCCAAGAUAGAAUCAGAAAUGUCGCAAGUUUGGCGGCAGAUCGGCGUCAUGUACCAGCAGAUGACCGCCAACCAGCGCUCCUUGGAUAAACUCACUGAGCAGACCGACCAGUAUGUAAACACUACCGCCACGACAUUGGACGGCAUGAAAGGCAAGGUGAGCACAAUCACAACGCGGAUGACAGAAGUAAACGAUAACCUGAAUUACCUGCUGGGGAGGUUGUCCCUGGUCACCCAGGAGUUCGGGCAGAUCAAGACGGGGCUCGGAGACGCGCUGGACAAGCUGAAGGACAGCAUGGACACAGUGCAGACUAAAGCUAAACUUGAAGGUAUGUAUUAG